UGCGUCCCGAAAAGAACCAAAAUGGAAGCGGGAAAGCAAAAAAAAAAACCAAACUAAAAUCUGUUAAUCUUCCUAAAGUUCAACUCUUCUUUGAGAAAUGAGUAUUAAUAACAUAUUUCAUUUAGAAAUAGAAAUAUUGAGGUGAAAAUAGAAUGACCAAAGAAGAUGGAAAAGAAACAAAAGGUUUUACUUAAAAAACUUGAGAGUGUUAAAAAUGAAACAUUAAAUUUAUGUUCAAAAAUAAAAUACAAUGAUCAUGAAGUAGAUACCAUAGCUUACACUAAUGCAUGUGGUGAUAUAGAUGAAGCUUUAGAUCUCCUACAGAGAGUAUCAGGUCUAUUCACAACAGUGAUCAAGGACUAUAAUACUGAAGAGGAAACUGAAUGUUUUACUAAUGAUGAGAGUUUAUUUUCGGAUCCAGCUUCAGAUAAAACUGAAUCAGACAAUGUACAUUUAACAACAACAACAACAUGUGAUCCAACAAGAGAUGAUGAUUCUGAUGCAACAGAUGAUUUAGAGAACUUUGAUCAAUACAAUAUUGACGAUGAACCAGCAGCAUCUACAUCAAAGGUAUCGGCAAUACAAAGUAACACCAAAGACAACAUGUUGCCAAAUAUAGAAGAGGACGGAUUUGGAGAUGAUGAUGAUUUUGAUGAUUCUGUUUUAUUGGAAUUACAGGUGGAUGAAGUAGAGGAAGAUGAAGAUGAUGAUCCACAGAAUCAACCUCAAGAUGGCAGAUUUCAAAAUAUUCUGAAGCAGUAUUUUGGAUACUCUAAAUUCAGACCGAUGCAGUGGAAGAUCAUUAACUCUGUAGUAAAUGAGAAGAGAGAUAACUGUGUCAUCAUGGCUACAGGUUAUGGGAAAAGUUUGUGUUACCAGUAUCCUUCUGUGUAUACUGGAAAAACCACUGUGGUUGUCUCCCCUCUGAUAUCACUGAUGCAAGAUCAAGUCUUGGGCCUUAAAGUUGCCAACAUUAAAGCCUGUUUACUUGGAUCUGCACAGGAGAACACUGGUCAAGUUCUUAAAGAUUUAUACAAAGGUAAAUACAGAUUAGUGUACAUCACACCAGAGUUUGUUAGUGCAGGAAUUGAUAAACUAGAAAAUCUACACAGAACAGUAGGGAUAGAUUUGAUAGCUAUAGAUGAAGCACAUUGUGUGUCACAAUGGGGUCAUGACUUUCGAUCAUCAUACAGAUCGCUCGGGAACCUAAAGAACAGAUUUCCUAAUAUACCGAUUAUGGCUUUGACAGCCACAGCCACACAAGAAGUUAGAAAAGAUAUUUGUAGAAGUUUGAAUUUGAAAGACCCAGUUACAACUUGUACAGGAUUUGAUAGACCCAAUUUGUUCCUGUCUGUCAGCAGUAAAUCAGGUGAUGCAUCAAGGGACCUAAAAACUCAUAUGACAAGAAAUGGAUCAAAAUUUGAAUUUGAGGGAUCGACAAUAAUAUACUGUCCAACUAAAAAGGCUACCAUGGAAACUGCUGCUAUUCUGAAAGGUAUGAAUGUAGCCACUCUCCCAUACCAUGCUGGUUUGAGCUUGGAUGCAAGGAAAGAUGCCCACCAUAAAUUUGUGAAUGAUAAAGUUCAGGUAGUGGUAGCAACAGUAGCAUUUGGUAUGGGGAUAGAUAAACCUGAUGUCAGGAAAGUCAUACAUUAUGGUGCUCCAAAAGAUAUAGAAUCUUAUUACCAGGAAGUAGGCAGAGCUGGUAGAGAUGGUCUCCCAAGCAGUUGUCAUGCUUUUUUUUCACCAGCAGAUUUUAAUGUGUCUAGACAUUUUAUAAAUGAAAUAACAAACCCAAAAUUUAAAACUCACAAGAUGAAGAUGUUAAGCAAAAUGCAGGAAUAUCUGAACACUGGAAAAUGUCGACGGAGAUUAUUGUUAGCUCACUUUGAAAGUAGAAAUUUAGAUGAUAUUGGAGGAACAGAAAACUGCUGUGAUAACUGUAGAAGGAGGAAAAGCAUUCAAUUGCCUAACAGUCAGCAAUGCUGUUGUUUAUUCUAUGUGUUUGACCUGUCAAUAAAUAGUAUGUUCAUAAGUGAGAUGAAUAAGAAUUCAAGUAUGAGUCAAGAUAUAUCAGACAUAGAUGGUCCAGUAGAUUACAGCAAGGAAGCUAAAGAUCUCUUUUCUGUGAUAGAGGUAUUAGGGGGUAGAUAUGGUUUAACAACUCCUGUUCAGUUCCUCAUGGGAUCCAAUACACAAAAAGUAUCUAGAUUUGUCAAGCAUCCCCUUUUUGGUUCUGGAAAGUAUAGAAAACUUAAUUGGUGGAAAGCCUUUGGUAAAGCACUAAUUUAUGAAGGUUAUUUAGAGGAGAAAGCAGUACAGGGUGGAUUUGGAGCUACUGUCCACUUGUCUUCAAAGGCUCAUGUGUGGAUGAAAGAUCCUACAAAAAAAUCACUGAAAAUUGUGCCCAUGACAGACAUGGUGGCAGCUGAUAACAAACCUAGAGUUACAGUGCAAAUACUUCCAAGACCUCAGAUGAAUGUAACACCACAGAAAGUAACAGCAGCAAACUGGACUCCAUCAAAUUACUACUACAAUCCAUCGGCUAAGAAAUCUUCACCUCCAAAACCAGUGCCUAUAGUCAGUCCAAGAGUUAUCAAAUUACAGAACGAUCUGUAUGCAGAGUUAAUAAAGAAGAGAAAUGAAGUAGCAAGUGAAACUGGUUAUACUCCACAUUCUAUAGCUAGCAAUAAAGUAUUACUGGACAUGACUAAGAUUAGGCCCAGUACAAAACAGAAUAUGUUAAAAUUAGAAGACUUCCCAGAAGCGAAAGUGGAGAAGUUUGGUGACAUUUUUAUCAGUAUAAUUGUGAACUUCUGUCAUGUUCAUGAUCUUAAGAUGGAUGACUUCCCUGAUGUAGAUCUUGGAGAUAAUGCGGAUGGGGAUUGUAGCACAUCGGACCUCAUAUGGAAAUUAACAGAAACAUGCAGAUUAUCUUAUGUCAUGUUUCAGAGAUCGUAUAAAUCUAUUGAAGAAGUAGCUUCAUUAAGAGGUCUAAAGACAACAACAGUUGUUGGUCAUAUAUCAGAUGCUAUCAAGGCAGGAUUAGAAGCUGAUAUCCAUCGACUGGGAGUCACAAAACAGAUGCUAAAUCUCAUCACAGAUGCAAUACGCAAUCCUCCAAUAGAUUCAGAGAUUGGUAGACUGACCAAGAUAAAGGAUGCCUUGCCACCUUACAUUGAAUAUAACCAUAUUAGGGUUGUCAUAGCAAUAUUGGUACAAAAAUAUGGUCAGGAGUUAAAACCAACAGGAGAGCUGAUAGUUUGUCCUUCAUCACAAGAGAGUACCACUAUAAAGACAUCACAAGAGAGUGCCACUAUAAAGACAUCACAAGAGAAUGCCACUGUAAAGACAUCACCAGAUGAUUCUGACUGGUCAUCACAGGAUGAAGAUGAACUGUUAUUUAGUGAGGAGCCUAGUCAACAAAAAAUUAAUUCAAGUCGGAUAAAACCAACUCUACAGAAAUCUACAUCAGACAGUUAUAACAAUCAGUCAAAACCCUUGUUACAAAAGUCGUUAUCUGCUGGCUCAAGUAGCCAAUUUCAAAAUGAAAAACAAAUGUCUUUCACAGGAAGUCAAAUUGUCAAAUCAGAAACAGACUCUCAAACGAGUGGAAGUAAAAGAAAGUUACCUGACUGGAUGUCUGGCAAAAAACCUAUGAAUAAAAAGAUGAAAUCAAACAGUUUAUUCAGAUAAAUAUAUUAAAAAAAAACGUUUUCUUUUUU